AGGACCAGCGCGGUAUGCAUGUUAGGCUGCAUGGUAGUAAGUGUUCGUUUGAAAACGUCAGAUACUCGCCACCAAAUCUACCGAAAAAGGCGCAAGAGGCCAGGAAGAAGGUUUCAUUGUGCUUUCAGUAACGUGGUACCUUUGUCCACCGUGAGAAAGCUAGUAAGGUAGUGAUAUCCUAAAAUAAUCGAAGAUGAGCAAAGCACAUCCACCAGAGUUAAAGAAGUUCAUGGAUAAGAAGCUUUCAUUAAAAUUGAACGGUGGUCGCCAUGUCCAGGGGAUACUGCGUGGAUUUGACCCCUUCAUGAACCUGGUUAUGGACGACUGUCUGGAAAUGGCACCCGGAGGGCAGCAGAACAGCAUUGGCAUGGUGGUAAUAAGGGGAAACAGCAUCAUCAUGUUGGAGGCUCUAGAGAGAGUAUGAGGGCCUAGUCUUGGCCACCAUUGGAGGCACAACCUUAUGAUCAUAGCUUUUUUUUCUACAGCCUUUGGGUUGAUUUGUUAUUACAUAAACUAAUUCACCUCUCUCUAAAGUGUUUCCCCUGCUGACUGCAGUGCUUCAGUUGAAUAUUC